GCCGGAGCAGGGGCGGGCUGGGAGCCGUGGUCCGGCGUGGUCUUGUUGGGGGGGGGGUCCCGGAGGGGAGUGUAUUGACGGGGGUCAGCGGCCAGGGUUUAGUCACUUCUCACUGAGAACAGGUGGCAGCGACAUACUAACACUCAGAUACUCAACAUGACGGACAUGAGGGAUCCAGCCCGCGACCAGCUACGGACCUGGCAAUGCUCGAGGGCCGACAAGAAUGUAGAUACCUUGACUACUGGUGGAGGUCAACCUAUUGGUGACAAGCUAAAUGUCAUGACGGCUGGGCCUCGGGGGCCACUGCUUAUGCAGGACACUGUAUUUGUUGAUGAGAUGGCACACUUCGACCGGGAAAGGAUCCCUGAGCGUGUCGUACAUGCAAAGGGCGCAGGUGCCUUUGGCUUCUUCGAGGUGACCCAUGAUAUCUCAAGGUACUGCAAGGCCAAAUUAUUUCAUCCAAUUGGGAAGAGAACAUCUGCAUCUGUCCGCUUCUCAACAGUUGGGGGUGAAGCAGGUUCUGCAGACACAGUCCGUGACCCUCGAGGAUUUGCAUGCAAGUUUUACACUGAGGAGGGAAAUUGGGAUCUAACUGGUAACAACACCCCCAUCUUCUUCAUUCGGGACCCUUUCUUGUUUCCUUCAUUUAUCCACACCCAGAAGAGGAACCCCCAGACACACCUAAAGGAUGCAGACAUGACCUGGGACUUUUUCUCACUUCGUCCAGAGACGCUUCACCAGGUUAGCUUCCUGUAUAGUGAUCGUGGAAUUCCUGAUGGAUAUCGUCACAUGAAUGGGUAUGGGUCACAUACCUUCAAGCUUGUAAAUGACAGAAAAGAAGCCGUCUAUUGCAAAUUCCAUUUCAAGACAAAUCAAGGCAUCAAAAAUCUUACUGUCGAGGAGGCUCGCCAGCUGGCCACUGAUGACCCUGACUAUUCCAUUCGUGAUCUCUACAAUGCUAUUGCAACUGGAAAUUAUCCAUCCUGGAGUCUCUACAUCCAAGUAAUGACUUUCCAGGAAGCACAAGUGCAUCGGUGGAACCCCUUUGAUGUCACUAAGGUUUGGCCUCACAAGGAGUUCCCACUAAUCCCUGUGGGACAGUUGGUCCUCAACAAGAACCCAGUCAAUUAUUUUACAGAUGUAGAACAGAUAGCUUUUGAUCCCAGCAACAUGCCACCGGGCAUUGAACCUAGCCCUGAUAAGAUGCUGCAGGGUCGCUUGUUUUCAUAUCCUGAUACUCAUCGCCAUCGCCUGGGUCCUAACUACCUUCAGCUUCCUGUGAACUGCCCAUUUAAGUGUCGUGUAACUAACUACCAGAGAGAUGGACCCAUGUGCUCAACUGAUAACCAGGGUGGUGCACCAAACUAUUAUCCAAAUAGUUUUAGUGGCCCUGAAACUCAGCCUCUAGCCGUGGAGCACUCUUUGGCUAUAAUGAAGGAUGUUGCUCGGUACAACAGUGCCAAUGAUGAUGAUUACUCUCAGGUAACUACAUUUUAUCUGCAAGUGCUGAAUGCAGAUGAGCGUCGAAGACUCUGUGAGAACAUAGCAGCCCAUCUCAAGGAUGCUCAGCUUUUCAUUCAGAACAGAAUGGUGUGUCUGUUAAACAAAGUUCAUCCUGACUAUGCCGCUCAAGUUCGCGCAUUGCUGGAGCAGCACAAUGCUAAAUGUCCUCAGAAGACGAUGGUCAGAACCUACAGUCGUCAUCCUUCUGCUGAGAGGUCAAACCUGUGACGGUUUAACGUGAAGUGUGGUGUCACAGCUACAGUCUAACUUUCCAGACCCAUUUAUGCUUCAAACAUUAGUUAUGAUUGUAUAAUUGAUAAUGAUCCCUAAACUUCAGAUUUUGUAACUGAAGAAUUUUCUUAUUGCAUAUUUUGUUUAAAAGCUAAAAAGUCUUGUCUGAUUUAAUGCUUGCAUUUAAAACCAAACCUAAGUUUUCCUCUCUCUUCCUUCCUCACUUAAGUAUGUAAAUUCCAUCCGUUAUUUCUCCCAAGAUUUGUGAUCCUGGAGAUGAGUCUUUUUUUUUUUUUUGUUACUGUGCAUCUCUCUCACAAUGCCUGCUGGAUCUGUGGCAUUGUAUUUGUUUGGCUGAGAAUUCAUAUUGGGCUUUCUACCUCCUCUGCUUAGUUUUAGCAGCAACUUUAAAGAUUGUUUUCCACACACUUAACUAUAUGCCAUUUAACAUUUAAUCUUGUUACAUAAGUUAAGGCUUCUGCUAAAUUUAGCUUUGAAUACCCAAUGCACAAGCUUCUGUCCUUUGUUCUUGCAAUGAAGUCCAGGCUAAUAAUUUAGCUCAAAACGUGAAUGCUGUAUUAAACAAUGGCAAUUUUUAUUUUUGUUAAUCUGGGAAGUGAGGGACUUGAUAAAGAAACUCAAAUUAAACUAUUAAUACAACUUUCAAAUGCUGUUGUAAAUAUGUGUCCUCACCCAGUUGUACAGAUGUCAGCUGUGGCUCAUUUUAGAGCACUUUUGUCUCUGAAUCUGAAGGUUAUCGGUUUAAACCCAUAGCAGAGACAAACUGAAAUCUAGGCCAGUGCUCCAGUGUAAUACAGAGGAAUCACUGCACUGUUGGAUAUAACACAAAACCAAAAGAUCUGUCUCCCCUUUCAGGUGCACAUAAAGUAUUUUAUGUAAAUAUUUUGAAAAAGAACUGGUGUCUUACCAACAUCGGAACAACAAAAACUGAAUAUCUGGUUGUUAUCGCUUUGCGGGGAGCAUGUUGUUUGUCAAUUGGCUGCCAUGUUUUUUCGAAUACAACGGUGAUUUCAUAGAACAGUUCUUCAAUUGGGGUGGCCUGAGGUUGUAGAAGGUACUACAGAAAUGCAGGUUUGUUUGCUCACUUUCACAAGGAAUCUUUCAUUUGGAGUGUUUUCAAAGUCUGGGUUUAUUGCCUUUUGAGACUGUGUGUGUCAGAUGCACCAUCCUGACAAGUAUUCUCAUUUGAUUCCUUUUUCUUUGUGUUUCAGAAUAUUUGUUUGAGCAGUCAGAGGACAUAUAAUUUAAGUUUGAUUUCCCAUUCAAGUGCUCAUCCCUCUGAGUUCGUAUUUUCCUUUUUGUUCCUUUGGAUCUGACUUUUCCCUUUCCAGAGGCCCUUUCUCGUGGCAUGUUCUCCUUUUUUUUUUUAUUCUGUUACCCAAUGAUGAAUUAGAGGGCUUGCCUCAGUAGUGACUGAACAACUGGCAGGUAUUGCACUCUUCAUUUGUAAUGUCAAAAUAGUUUAAAAUGAGUCCAUUGUCUGUAUCAAUAAACAUGAAACUGAUGGGGCUCAAUUUAGUCAUUGUGAAAAUCCAGUUAAUUUUUAGAGCUUUGCAAAAGGGGAAAAUAUGUUUUUUCUUUUAUUUAAAAAGUAAUCGAGGAGGAAAGUUAGUGUUUCAGUAAAGGCUUAUAUUUAUAUAGAAUCUUUCCAUGGCAGUUAAAAGCACAUUUCCAUCAAUUAAGCAUUUCUGAAGCAUAGUCAUUGUUAUAAUGUAGGGAAAUUUGGCAAUCGUUUUGCACGUAGCAAGGUUCCAUAAAACAAGAAUGGUAUAGAUGCUUCAACAGUCUUUUAAUGUUAUUUCAGGAUUACAGUAUUAGUCAUAAUAUUGGUGAGAACUCCCUCAUGCUUCAAGAUAGUCUUCAAAUUCUUUCACAACCAUGUCAGCCAGCAUGUCCUCUGGAAGAAUUUUGGGGAAUUAAUGUAUUGCUCCCAGUUUAAUAGGAUACAGAUUUACACCCAAGACUGAACCAUGUCUAGUCCUGCAACCAGGAAGACUCUGAGGCAUCUUUGCUAGAGGGGCUUUGAUGAAGGUUGAUAGUGUGGCCUAUUCAUUUGGGCUUCCUCCUAACAUGUGUGCCAUGGUUUGGCAAUUAAUGCCGAAUUGUGGCAGAUUAUUAAUUGAAGAAUACUCAUUUUUUGCUGUUUUAGGAGAUGAAAUAAUGCCAUGAAAUCCAUGCCUACUGGUUUAAACUUUUUGGUCAAAUUAGCUUGUGUUAAAGUUAAUUCACAAGGGAAAGCGUCACACUGAAAUUCCGAAAAAGCAUGCAUGGGUUUGUAUUUUUGAAAACAAAGGAAAAGAUCAGUUUCUCUUAGCUGUUAUUUUUAUCAGUUUUACGCAAUGAUGGCAUGCAGUUUAUAUUCAAUUAAGAGUUCUAAAACAAGCGCAAGAUGUUUGGGUUUAUAUAGAACCUUUACUUUUAAAGUUGCUCUAGAAUGAAUACAUUUUGGAACACUUGUGAUAGAAUAUUCCUCCAGAUUAAUUAAGUUGUUUUCAUUUGAGAUCGAGGUUACUGGGGUUAAAAAUUAGACAAUGGACUCCUUGCAUCUUGAGCCCAGAGUUAACAUUUAAUUUGGCAUCCAGCAUGUAGUUUAAUCAUACUGUAAUCUUUCUGAAGAGUUACAUGCAUUUGCAUUCCGGUUAUAAAUGCACUUAUUAGCUUAUUUGCUGAUUUAUUAAUGACAUUUAACCCAAACACAAUUGAAGCAAAUGUAAUCUGAGAUCAGUAGUAAUGAGAAGUGGGGACUUGUACAACCAAUUCAACCUGAACAGUCAGCAUAAUCUACCAAUGCAGGAAAGAAGAUGAAGCCAAUUCUUUAAUUUGAAUAUCUUUUUGAAUGUCAGUAAAACUGAAGAUUUUAUCUCUGGAAAUAUGAUUUGUAACUUGAUAGAGAUGAUUUUUAAUGCUUAGUAAAAUUCCAGGAAUGUGAUUAAAUGCAUCCAAACAAUGGCA